AUGCCCCAGCUGGUAAGCUGUAUUUCCGCAUCUACCUGGCAUACGUCGGGACCACAGAACCCAGCUCAACAGCAUUUCAAAAACUAUGUUGAUACGGUUGACACCUAUGGUCUCAACCACGGCUCAAGCUUACGAUUCUAUUCCAAAAACAUCAUUUUACACGACCAGAACACUGACCAAUACAAGGGUGGGGAUGAGAUGUGGGCGUGGAUGAAACGCCUAUUUGGACAAUUUAAGGGUCUCCGGCACGACUUUCACAACCUUUGGGACGUCAGGAAUGAUGAUGGUACAACCACGAUCAUGUCCCAGUGGACCCACAACAUCUGGCUACCUGGAAACGACACCGAAGAGCCGACUGUUGCCAUUCCGCUCAGUUGA